GGAGCUGCGGAGGCGAUCCCGCGAAUUCAUUACUGUAAACAUCUCCCGAGGGUGUCAGGAGGGGUAGGGGUGGGGGCCGCGGCGCCUACAUUAGCCUGGCCGCCUCGGAUUGAAGCAGCAGUGUGUCCGGAACAGCCUCCAGACCCGCACCCGGCGGCCGCAGCACUCGGAGCGAGCCCCGCGCCCGCCCCCGCGCAGCGCCGCACGCCGGGUCCGCGCAGUCAGCACACAAGCGUUGGAGCAGCGCCAUCCUCGCUCUGCCGCCGACCCCCGGGGUCCUUCAUCUCCAAGGAGCCCCGCCGCCGCGGGGCGGCUUUCCGCCACCGUCCCCGCUCGCCCCGCUUCUUUAGGGGUUUGUUAGCUUGGCUGAGCGGAGAGAAGGCGGGGGCCGCGGCGGCCAGAGCCGAGAGAAAGUGGUAUGCCGGAGCCCUGGAGGCGGAGGUGGCGGAGGACUGGGGAAAAGGAUGCCGCGGUUCCGUGGGGGAAGUAGGCGAGAGCGAGCGAGGAAACCGGGGGCCCCGGGCGUCAGCCGGCUGCGGGGAGGCGCGCACCGCUCUGAGGCUCCGGCCUCCGCACCUCGGAGCCCCGACGCUGCGGGCGACAGGGCUCGGCUCCAGCAGCCACCGCCGUCGCCACCGCCGCCACCCGGAGGACCGAGCAAAACUUUGGAUCUAGGGGAGGGCGCGGCGUUGAGAGGGAUUACUACCGGGCCUGUAAGGCGACCUCGGGAAGCUUCGCAGAUUGCAGACUGAGCUUAACCAGGAAGUUCAUAGGCUAAUCAAGGCUGGCCUGACCCAGACAAGAAGGAGAGAGGUCUGCCUGCCUACCUGGGCUUGCCGAAGCCACCGAUAACUUGGCAUCACCGAUUGCCUGUGUGGAAAAUUCUUCCUGUUGAAUUAUAUGUUUUUUGCACAUGAAGGACAACAGCAAAGAAGCCAACUCCAGGUGAUAAGACCAGUGACAGCAGGAAGAUUAUUUUACCGGAUGCCAUCAGGACAUUUUCUAUAGCUGGAGUUCUGGACUUUAACAGGACCUCAUCUAGUCAUUUUGAUUUUGUUACUAUUUUUUUCUUUUUUAUUUUCCCCGCCACAUUGUAUUUUAUUUCCAUACUUCAGAAAUGGGCCUACAGACCACAAAGUGGCCCGGCCAUGGGGCUUUUUUCCUGAAGUCUUGGCUUAUCAUUUCCCUGGGGCUGUCCUCACAGGUGACCAAACUCCUGGCCUGCCCCUCCGUGUGCCGCUGUGACAGGAACUUUGUCUACUGUAAUGAGCGAAGCUUGACCUCAGUGCCUCUUGGGAUCCCGGAGGGCGUAACCGUACUCUACCUCCACAACAACCAAAUUAAUAAUGCUGGAUUUCCUGCGGAGCUGCACAACGUGCAGUCGGUGCACACGGUCUACCUUUAUGGCAACCAACUGGACGAAUUCCCCAUGAACCUUCCCAAGAACGUCAGAGUUCUCCACUUGCAGGAAAACAACAUUCAGACCAUUUCACGGGCUGCUCUUGCCCAGCUCUUGAAGCUCGAAGAGCUACACCUGGAUGACAACUCUAUAUCUACAGUGGGGGUAGAGGACGGGGCCUUCCGGGAGGCCAUUAGCCUCAAGUUGUUGUUUUUGUCUAAGAACCACCUGAGCAGUGUGCCCGUCGGGCUUCCUGUGGACUUGCAAGAACUGAGAGUGGACGAGAAUCGCAUUGCUGUCAUAUCAGACAUGGCCUUUCAGAAUCUCACGAGCUUGGAGCGUCUGAUCGUGGAUGGGAACCUCCUGACCAACAAGGGCAUUGCUGAGGGCACCUUCAGCCAUCUCACCAAGCUCAAGGAGUUUUCAAUCGUACGUAAUUCACUCUCCCACCCCCCUCCUGAUCUGCCAGGUACGCAUCUGAUCAGGCUAUAUUUGCAGGACAACCAGAUAAACCACAUCCCUUUGACAGCCUUCUCCAAUCUCCGGAAGCUAGAACGGCUGGAUAUAUCUAACAACCAACUGCGAAUGCUGACUCAAGGGGUCUUUGAUAAUCUCUCCAACCUAAAGCAGCUCACUGCUCGGAAUAACCCUUGGUUUUGUGACUGCAGUAUUAAGUGGGUCACGGAAUGGCUCAAAUAUAUCCCUUCAUCUCUCAAUGUGCGGGGUUUCAUGUGCCAAGGUCCUGAACAAGUCCGAGGGAUGGCUGUCAGGGAGUUGAACAUGAAUCUUUUAUCAUGUCCCACCACAACCCCCGGCCUGCCUGUCUUCACCCUGGCCCCAAGCACAGCUUCCCCGACGACUCAGCCCCCCACUCUCUCAGUUCCCAGCCCAAGCAGAGGCCAUACAUCUCCAACUCCUACCACCUCUAAACUCCCCAUGCUUCCUGAUUGGGAUGGCAGAGACAGAGUGACUCCGCCUAUUUCUGAACGGAUCCAACUCUCCAUCCACUUCGUGAAUGAUACUUCCAUUCAAGUCAGCUGGCUCUCUCUCUUUACCGUGACAGCAUACAAACUCACGUGGGUGAAAAUGGGCCACAGUUUAGUAGGGGGCAUUGUUCAGGAACGCAUCGUCAGUGGUGAGAAGCAGCAUCUGAGCCUGGUUAAUUUAGAGCCCAGAUCCACCUACCGGAUUUGUUUAGUACCACUGGAUGCUUUUAACUACCGUGCCAUAGAAGACACCAUCUGUUCUGAGGCCACCACCCAUGCCUCCUAUCUGAACAAUGGCAGCAACACGGCUUCCAGCCACGAGCAGACGACUUCCGAUGGCAUGGGCUCCCCCUUCCUGUUGGCGGGCUUGAUUGGGGGCGCGGUGAUAUUCGUGCUCGUGGUCUUGCUCAGCGUCUUUUGCUGGCACAUGCACAAAAAGGGGCGCUACACCUCCCAGAAGUGGAAAUACAACCGGGGCCGGCGGAAAGACGACUAUUGCGAGGCGGGUACCAAGAAGGACAACUCCAUCCUGGAGAUGACAGAAACCAGUUUUCAGAUCGUCUCCUUAAAUAACGAUCAGCUCCUUAAAGGAGAUUUCAGACUGCAGCCCAUUUACACCCCAAACGGGGGCAUUAACUACACAGACUGCCAUAUUCCCAACAACAUGCGAUUCUGCAACAGCAGUGUGCCAGACCUGGAGCACUGCCACACGUGACGGCCGGAGGCCCAGCGCUGAUCAAGGCGGAAGAUAAGACUCUGGAGACCACACCCACGUGUGCACGUAGAGACACGCAAAUUACAUUUGAUAAAUGUUACACAGAUGCAUUUGUGCAUUUGAAUACUCUGUAAUUUAUACGGUGUACUAUAUAAUGGGAUUUAAAAAAAAAAGUGCUAUCUUUUCUAUUCCAAGUUAAUUACAAACAGUUUUGUAACUC